AUGGUGUCUAAUCCACCGCAUAUUACAACACAAAGCGUAGGAAUAUCAGAUAAACAAUCAGCAGCUGCUUCUGCCGCGCGGUUUGCUGGAUACUCUUCAUUCUACACAUCGCCUUCUCAGAAUGCGACGCCAUGUUCAAGUGCUCCACCGCCUCGCCCUGGUAUGCAUACUGUGCCUCGUGUCCCUCCUCCACCUCCACCACAUCUUGAUAAUGGUUUUGCUCGUCCGCCGCUUCAGUUUUCGUUCAAUGGUCGAGGUCCACCGCCGACAAUUCGGCCACCUCUUCGUCCUAAUGUCAACUGGACACCGUCUUCUUCUUCCUCGUCUCAGUGGCAGUGGAGCCAUGGAAGUAGUACAAAGACUUUUUCUUCUGUGCCUCCUGUAAAUAUGAGCCCGCAGACAUGUGGACCUCCUCGUAUGAGCUUUGGACCUCCUCCUAGCGCUAUCACGGCGUCAGAUUCUGCAGCUCCAGCUACUGCAUCGGCUAUGGUUGGAAACGCCAAGUGGCCUGAAUCGCUACAUAAUUAUGUGAAGCGAGCUUUUGGUCGCUGCAAGGGAGCGGCGGAUCAAGCAAUUACACAGAACUUUCUUAAGGAGUCGAUUACUAAUGCUAUCAUGUCAAAUAGAGACACGUCGACAGCGGCUAUGCAAACCAAGGUUGGAAUGGGGGAACCUAUGGCUGAAGCGCAUGACCCUUCUGGCAAGAAAAAGAGGAAGAAGAACAAGCGCAAACACGACGGCGUUGAGGUGGAUGAAGUUGAUAUGCAGCGUAAAAAUAAGAGAAGAGAACGAUUUCAUAUGACUCAGCAGGAACUCAAGCGUUUGGUAUCCCCCGAGGUAGACACGAAAAAGCUGCAGGUUUUGACCCUUGAUGGGGAUCUAGAUCUUGCAGCCAUGGUCAUUAAAGGUACUAAUCAGACGGUUGAAAAGGAAUACUUGCGAUUAACUUCUCCCCCGCAUCCAUCAACGGUGCGACCAGAGCCAGUGCUACACAAGGCACUGGAGCUCGUCAAGUCGAAGUGGGCGAAGGGUAAUCAUGAUUAUAUUUAUGCCUGUAGCCAGCUCAAGUCCAUUCGACAGGACUGCACGGUUCAGCAUAUCAAGAAUGCGUUUACCGUGUCUGUAUAUGAAACUCACGCCCGGGUAGCGCUUCAGUCCGGUGAUAUUAACGAAUUUAAUCAGUGCCAGACGCAGCUUCACGAAUUGUAUGAGAAGCUAGUCCCGGGCGAGGCGAUUGAGUUUCUGGCGUAUCGCAUUUUGUAUUGUGUCUACGUGUCUCUGCAGUCCAAGAAAGGGGACUCAAAUGCGGGUCAGCUCGGCAUGUACAAUGUGCUGGGCAUAGUAACACCUAAGCUACGUUCCCGCCCAGCGAUUGCCCACGCGCUGUCAGUGCGCCAGGCAGUCGCUAUGAAUGAUUAUCAUCGUUUUUUUAAACUCUUUGUAGGUGCUCCGAAUAUGGCAGGUUACCUGAUGGACGUGAUGGUUCCCGCGAUCCGGCUGAGUGCGCUUCGAGCUAUGUGCAAAGCGUACCGUCCAACUAUCUCGAUGCAGUAUAUUUGUAAUGAGCUCAAGCUUGAAGGCAAGACAGGAAAAGCAUUUAUCCGUCAGUCUGGUCUCGCGUUCGUUCAAGGAGACAAGUCGCGCGUUGAUACAAAGGCGUCAAACAUCGUCUGGGCACUAUGUAACGAGUCAUCGCUUAUUUAG